AUGAGGAGAAAGACUAAAGCUGGCAUCAAGAUGGGUACUCCUACUUCAGGACGCAAGUUAAGAGAUGAAGAGGAUUUAGUCAUCGCUACUGUGGAUUCCGAUAGUGGUGGUGAAGAGUCGGGUGUUCAGCGCUCCGAAAAGGAUCUGAAGAGAGCAAAGGUUGAUUCUAGUGAAAAAGAAAAGUCGGAUAACAACAUAUCUACUCGCAAGAUUAUUCUUGGGAAGCCUCUCUCUGGUAAGGCAUUCUUCAAUUGCGGGGUUGUUAAGCUAUUUUCUGCUUUAGGGUUCGAAUCGUUGAUUGUUGAUUUACCAAAAAUUUUCUAUCCAUCGCUUGUGCGUGAGUUUUAUUUAAACUUGCAUGUGAAUCCAUCUGGUCAAAUUGUUUCGUUUGUUUCUGAUACGAAAAUUACUCUGUCGCCCAUGUUCUUGAAUGCUAUUAUUCAAGCUCCUCCUUCCCCUGUUUCGAUUCACACUAAACGCGGGUUUAAACACUUUGAUGAUUUUCAAGUUAAAGACCAGUUUAAAAUUUUGUUUGGGGUUGAGAGUUCUACUGAAACAUUUCCCUCCACUACCCAAAUACUGCCUUUAGCUCAUGCUGUUUUUAAAGUGUCUAUUGAAAAUCUGUGUCCUCGCUUGGGUACUCGUUCAAAUUUGUCUGCUCAGGAUGUUAUUGUGGUGUCUAUGAUCAUGGCUGGGAAGCCAUUUGAUGUUGGGGAUUUAAUUUUGAAUAAUAUGCUUGGGGUUCUUGAGGGGAAAUCCUCUGCUGGAUUGCCCUAUGGAUUGCUUUUAACUCGAAUUUUCGAGUGGUUUGGUGUCAGUUUUGAUGGAGUUGAGUCGGUUGCUGCUAAAGAGUUUUUAGAUGUUAAGUGUUUGAGUCAGUCAAACUUGAAAGUUGAAAAAGAUGGUAGUCUGUCUGAGAUUAUGGAAUUCAUGGAUGAACUCCGUGAUAAUCACAAGCAGUUGGUUGAGGGUCAGAAGCUGUUGUCUGAGCAAAUGGAUGAUUUGGCUAACCAAUUUCAGUUCUGGAAAGAUAUAGUUUUUGGGGGAAAGACAGGGAAUACACCAGAGAAGGUUAGCUCUGUAAGUUUUGUUCAUGAGCUUCAGAAGCGGAUGUAUGGGUCUGGUGGAUCCUCUGAUAUGAAGUUCACUUUUACUUCUACGGAUGAUGCCACUGACAGCCCACGACCACGUACUGCAAUGGAUGCUCUUAAGGAGGCUGCAGGCACUGAUUCUGCGUAUGCUGAUGCUGGAAAUUUGAUGAUGGAAGAGAAUCGUGUUGCUGCGGAGCUUACCAAGAAGUUUGCACAGGAGACGCCUGACAAGGAUGAUGAGGAGACCUAA